AAGAGAGAAAGAGAGGGGCCAGCAAGUCAGGCAGCCAGCCGGCCGGCUGCGUUUCAUUCAUAAAAUCCAUCGAAUCGGCUGUCUUACUCGUUGGCUCCGCAAACGUGUCCCCCUUAUCGUUUUCUUUGCGAUGACCUUACAGGCGAUCAAGUGGAAAGAUGGAAAGUUGGAAGUUCUCGAUCAAGUUUUAUUACCAGCAGUUUCUAAAUACAUCGUUGUCAAGGGCGUAGAGGAUGGUUGGAAGGUCAUCAAUAAGAUGCAAGUUAGAGGAGCUCCAGCCAUUGCUAUAGUUGGUUGUCUUAGUCUUUCUACGGAGGUUAGAAACGAAGAUUUCAUUGACAAGAAAUCUUUACGUCAAGAAGUCGAAGGAAAAUUAAAUUAUCUGGCAUCAGCACGUCCAACUGCUGUUAAUAUAAAGAUAGCAGCCGAAGAGCUUAUUGGUUUAAUCAAUAAACUCACGGAAGAUGAUACUGUCACGGUACAACAAAUGAAAGAACAAUUCUUGCAUACUAUAGAUUCCAUGUUACAAAGGGAUAUCGCUGAUAAUAAAGCGAUUGGAAAUUACGGCGCGUUAGAGAUAUUGAAAAACGUUAACGAGGAUAGCUUGGUUAGAAUUCUCACCCAUUGUAAUACCGGUAGUUUGGCGACUGCUGGUUACGGGACAGCUUUAGGUGUAAUUAGAUCUUUACAAGCAAGAAAUGUUCUUGAACAUGUCUACUGUACCGAAACGAGACCGUACAAUCAGGGAGCGCGUUUGACUGCAUACGAAUUGGUGAACGACAAGAUACCAGGGACUUUAAUAUGCGACAAUAUGGUAGCAGCAUUGAUGAAGUCAAGAAAUAUUACAGCAGUAGUCGUUGGUGCUGAUCGAGUAGCUGCAAAUGGUGAUACCGCCAAUAAAAUUGGGACUUAUCAGAUUUCAAUUAUAGCAAAAUAUCAUAACGUUCCAUUUUAUGUGGCCGCUCCACGAACUUCAAUAGAUUUUGCAAUACCUAGUGGUGAUCAUAUAGUUAUCGAAGAGAGACCCGAAAGAGAAAUGACACAUAUAAACGAUCAACGUAUUGCAGCAUCUGGUAUACAGUGCUGGAAUCCAGCAUUCGAUAUAACUCCUGCCAGUCUUAUUACAGGCAUAAUUACGGAAGUUGGUGUUUAUAAGCCAGAAAAUUUAAUAAAACUAUUCCUACAAUAGGAUAUAUAUAUAUAUAAUUUGGCUUACGCUUAACAGCACCUUUAAAUAAGGUAUAAUAAGAAGAUAAGAGAAAUGAUAUUCGAUCAAACAAUGCAUAAAAAUUGGAACCAAGUGCCAAAAGGGUUUAACCUCCUAAGUAUUAUUUUCUAACAUUAUUGCAAUCCAUUCUAGCAUUUAAUAAGUGUACGACAUAAUAUACAUCCUUGAAUUUAAAUAUAACCAAGAAGAAAAUUUCUCAAAUGAUGCCGAUUGUAUAUAAUUUAUAAUUUUCUAAGAAUUUUGCAUUCUAAAAUACAACAGCCUAACUGGCUUUUUUCAAAGCAACGUUUAUACAUUGUUAAAAAAAAAAAAAGAAAAAAAAAGAGGGGGGAAAAAAAGAAAGAAGAAGAAA